CGCAGACAUUAAAUCCACGUCUGGACCCUGACCGCUCUGGUAGCAACAAUAAAAACAAACAAUAAAAGUUUUAUUAAUUAACUCGCUUAACUUGUAUAUCUCUCAGAAACCAAUUUCAGACAGCUGGAAUGCGAGCGUGGUGAGGCCGAUUUUAUGUUAAAACGACCUGCCAUAAUGUCUGACGUCGCUCCGGAGGAAACUCCUCCCACACCGGCUUGCCGUCACUAAACAAACGGACCCUCUUGGAACCAGGUUCCUGGUUCUGCUGCGACCGGAAGCUCAGAAAACCGGAGACACUGGGCAGGUAAGACCGACACCAGGUGGACACUUCCUGUCUCCGCUGGAGGACAUAAAACAAAUAUCAUUGUUUUAUGAUAUUUUUAGCUUCCAACUUCCUUAAACACGCAGCAUCGGUUUAACUGCGUGUCCUCAGGUGUCCUCCAGAGUUCUGCCUGCAGGUCCAGACCAGCUGAGUGCUUUCAGUGGGUGUUUGUGUCCCCUCAGGGUGGAGACAUGUCCUCAGACCAGGAGCAGCCGCUCACUGCACUGAUCCCAGCGGACCCGUUGGACCCGUUGGACCCGUCGGAUCUCGUCCUGGACCCAGACACUACCAACAGCUGGCUCCUCGUGUCUCCGGACCUGCGCAGGGUGACGGUUUCGGACCGGUACCAGAACUACCCGCAGAACCCGCAGCGGUUCAACGCGGAGCUGCAGGUUCUGAGCCGGGCGGCGCUGACGGGUCGCCAUGGCUUCGAUGUGGAGUGGAUGAGCGCCGACAACCGGGCCGCCGUCGGCGUUGCUCUGGCGUACGGAAGCGUUCCCAGGAAGGGAGCGGGCAGGGCCGCGUUCGGGCGGAACCGGGCGUCCUGGUUCUUCGCAGCAGAGGGAGAUGUUCUGACUGCGUGGCACGGCGGGGAGAAGUGGACCUAUGACGUUCCUGAUGACGGCUAUGAGCGGGUCCGGGUCCGUUUGGACCACGGUGGGGGGGUUCUGUCCUUCUUCCUGCUGACUGAAACCGGGCCGAGUCACGUUCACACCUUCAGAACCGAGUUCACCGAGGCGCUCUAUCCGGGUUUCUGCGCUCGAUCCACCGCCAGCUACGCUGGGUUCUGCUGAGGCCCACCGGGCCAGAACCAGAACCUCCACGGCGUUCAGAGGAACCACCUCAAACCGGGCCAGAACCCCUGAGUGAGCAGAAACCAAGUCUUGUUCCAGUUAGGACCGGACCGGUUCGGUUCUGAACAAUGACCCGAGUUAAGGCGGAUCCAGAUAAGCCCUGAGACCGUCAACAUCAGAACCGCCUUGUUGCUGUUUGUUUCCGGAUGGGGGCGGGGCUUAUUUUCAUCUAAAUUACCGGUUUAUUUAAUGAUUACCAUAAGCAGUUAUAAUAAUUCUGAAUUAUUACGGACCUCUGGUUCCCAGUGGGAAGAUCCAAGACACUGAAGACAGAAGUGGACUCAUCAUCACUCACUAAACUUUAAUGUUUGAGGAGAAACUGCAUUCAACAACCAAUCACAUGGCAGAAUAAAGGCAGGGAUCUCUGGUGACGUCACUCUGUGGCAGUGGGUUCAAAGUUCAUGCAAGACUAAACAUUGUGCACAACUAAAGGUGGAGGGAAGUCAGCAGCCGUCUGCAGACACAAGACGCAUCCAGAGGCUUUCUGUCCAAACCGGGCCGGACGCCUGGCCGGAUGCCGGGCC